AAGACAAGUCGGCAAGUCUCUAAGUCUGCAAUCGCAAAGACUCACCCGAUUGCUACCUCACGCUUCUCAGGAGCACGGAUGUUAGUCUAGAGUCUAGACUCAGAAUUCGCCAGAGAAGUUGGUCGCUUCCUUCCCUGAGUUAGCUGCUUUAAGCAGCCCGAGCUCUCGCAUGAGUCUUGGCCAAUUUCCGAAGUCGUUAUUCACCAUGAGUUCAGGGGCAAUAGGAAAUUUGAAUUUUGCUGCGUACGUGGCAUAAAUUCGCCUUUGCCGCUCUUCAAAAGCACUCUCAGCUCCAACUCUCUCGACGCAGGGCUCCAGCUCAAUAUCGCAUUCUCAUCCCAGCUGCACACACCAACCGCUGCAAUUUCACGCGACAUGUCUGCCGGCAUCCUGCUUCUUACCUGCUGGAAGCUGCUGUGGCUUUUGCUACUGUCAGUUAUGUCAGCUGACGCAACAGCUGCAUCUGACGUACUGCCCGGCUACUGGUAUAGCUAUAUAGCACAGGACUAUGCGACCGUAAACUACUUCUUCAUGAGAUUCAACGGCGGCAAGCCACAAAUCAUCGAAGCCAAAGUACAAGUAGUGACUCCGCCCCCUGAGGGUUUCGCCAGUUUCACAAGCCCUUCAUUACCCAUGGUGCAGUUGCCAGGUGACUUUCAACUUCAAGUUCUUCCAGGCUGGUUCGGAGGUCUUUCCAAUUACGGUCCCGGUCACGAGCUGCAGGACUCGAAUGCCGUCUGCUAUCUCGUCUCUAAAGCCGACCUUGACGUUAACCUUGGCGAUGAAUGGUUUCAGACACCCGGGCCCUCAGAGGUGCCAUACUACGAGGGACUCAAAGGGGCAAUUUUUUGCACAAAAACGAAAGAUGGCGAGGCUGGGGAUCCAAAGAAUAUGAUUCCAAUGUCGCGGUGUGGAUGGCAGGUUGUGGGUCAAGGCAACGAGAAGAUGAAAGGCUGGUUCACAUUGACAUGCUUCAAUGACUUGGACAAGUGGUGUUUGCAUCCUGAUCAGCCUUGGAUGAAAACUCUCAAUUCAUUACACACAGAACCCAAGGAUGUCUGCACAAGUCAAGUCUGCAACUACAUCAAGCAACAACAAAUGCCUGCAUGGUUCCAGAACUGCCCCCACUUGGAUGAUCCGAGUUUUUUCGAACCAGAAUUAUGUCGCGUGUUGACAUCUUUGAAGAACCCGAUGCACAAACCUUGCUUGACAUGUCAGAUGUGCGAACAACAUGGUUGGGCCAAUUUUACUCUGAGCUCCAAGCCAGGUUUCAGCUGUCAUCGACCGUUCAAAGCUGACGAGCAGCACUCAAAACCUGCCGAACGGCUCUUCAUACCUUGUGAGGACGACAUUAUGGUCAAGAACUGCCCAAAUCAUCCCAAGAGCUACAAGCUACCCGGGUAUUGCCACUAACUUGCCAAACCCUGCGAAGGUGGGAUUCAUCAUGGUGCGCACAACCGUCAUUGCUACGAACUUCAGCAG